UCGCCCCGUGUACAAGUGGGCCGUUGGGAAUGGAGAGUGGAGCGAUCCCUGAUGACAGCAUCACGGCUUCGUCCUUCUACCACGAGGACUAUCGUCCAUCCAAAGCUCGGCUCAACGUCGAAAAGGUCGGUUGGAUACCACGCAAAAAGGCAGGACAGUGGAUUCAGGUGGAUCUGAGCGAGUACACGGCAAUCACAGGUGUUAUCGUACAGGGGUAUCGCACUAUGCAACACGUGAAAAGCUUUAGCGUGAAGUACAGCGAUACCGCGAUGAAAGGAGAAUGGAAGAGUUUGGUCGAUGAAGAGGGACAGGUCCUUGAGCUGGCAGGGAACACCGGGUCUGGACAACCUGUGACGGUUACCUUCCCCAGUGUCAUUGUAGCAAGAUACAUUCGUCUACUUCCGCUCACCUGGAGUAGGUCUGCGCCUUAUGCUCUGAGAUUGGAGGUGCUCGGCUGUCGAGAUGCCAUCGUUCGCUUAGUCGACGGUGAUGUGGACUGGAGUGGACGGGUAGAGAUCUACCGCAACGGUUCUUGGGGUGUGGUGUGUGACCAAGACUGGGACCUGCUGGACGCUACAACGGUGUGCCGUCAGCUGGGCUUCAAGCUAGGCGCACGUGAGGCUAAGACUGGAUCGUUCUUCGGCAAGAGUGGCUCGCUACCCGCAAUGAUGGCCCGAGUGUCGUGCAAAGGGACCGAGAGUCGUUUGGCUGACUGCCCGUUUGUCUGCAAAACUCCUGACAAAUGUGGCAGAACCCGAGAAGCUGGGGUGAUCUGUAGACCAAAUACGAUACGGUUGGUCGGCGGUUCGAAUGCAACCAAUGGCCGGGUUGAGGUCCGCCGUAGUGACAUCUGGGGAACUGUCUGCGAUAACGACUGGGACCUGACCGACGCCUCCAUUGUUUGCCGUCAGCUCGGCUUCUCCGAGGCAGUCGAGGCCAAAGCAGGUGCCUACUUCGGUCCAGGUCGUGGUCCCGUGCACUUGGAUGGUUUGGCUUGCGAUGGCUCUGAGAGCGACAUCAGCGAUUGCCCCUCUCUCUGUUGGGAGGAGACUCAGUGUAACCACACCCGUGAUGCUGGAGUGAUUUGUCGCAGUAAUUGAUUUAUUGCUUAUCAUUUAUCAUGUGACAUUUUGGUUACCUUAUUCGCGAUUUCGGUUUUCUAUUGUUUAUUCUAUUUUCAUCAUGGGGCCAAUUGGAUUCAUUUUUUCUGCAGUCAACGAAUGGAGUAGUUAAUUAUAAAGGGAAAAUAUUUAAUUCUCACUGCAGCUAAGGUUUAAGUCUAUGGAAUUUGUACUUCUGACUGUGUUUCUCUUUGAAUAUGUCUCUUGCUUUGAUACGACCAACCAACAUCAUACAAAUUAUGUUCACCGCCGUAGCAAUGAUGCGGUUUGAUUUAUAUCUCCUAUGCAGGGAUAACUGAUCAGGGUUUGGCAACAUUUUCAAUAAAACAUAAAACGUCGAAUUGUGUACUUGUUUAGUUCCACACAACAGCAUGUCAAAUACACGUAGAGGCUGAUUGAAAAUGUUUACAUUUUAUUGAGUACAAUAAUAAACCAAAAA